AUGGCGUCCAAAAAAGACAUGCGAAGGUUCGAUCUUGCGAUUCCCUACGUCGAGCCGCCCAAAGACAAGAAUGAUGCGGAUAUGACCGGCACCAUGUCAAGCACAAUGCCAAUGGCAGCCGUGGGUUACUCGAAAUCGGAUUUACACUUAACGAUGAUCGGAUGGGUCGCCUUUGUCUUCUCGCUCCAAACAUGGCUCGGUGAAACUGCCGAGCAGAAGAAAAAUGCUAGUACACCGGCAUACUUGUCGGUUUUGAUGUCUGUGUUGGCAUUGGGUGUUAGAUUUUAUUCUCCCCCUCCACUUUAUUUACAAGAAACCGCUUUUAAGGGCCGUUUACGACGAAAGGCCGAGUUUAUGUCCAUCGAAAACCUUAAGACCUUCGACCCCUUCGCCGAAGCUGACGAAGACACCGGCGAGACUAAGCAGUCUCAAAACUAUAUCCAUAUACGGAUUCAACAGCGCAAUGGUCGUAAGACCUUGACUACCGUUCAGGGUCUCCCUAAGAAGUUUGAUCAGAAGAAGAUCUUGAAGGUGAUAAAGAAGAAGUUCGCUUGCAAUGGCACCAUCGUCAAUGACACUGAGAUGGGAGAGGUGAUCCAGCUCCAAGGAGAUCAGCGUAAGGAUGUUCAGGAGUUCUUGACCGACAAGAAGGAGGGCCUUGAGCUUGAUGCCAAGACCAUCAAGGUCCACGGUUUCUAA